CUCAUAAAAAAAAAUCUGUCUUCUCUGCAAUCUUUGCUAUAUAUAUUGAGUGCAAUUGCAUUUAAGUUUCUCAUUCCGAAAGAGAUCGACAGAGAGAGGGAGGCUCAAAGAAAAUCAAAGAUCUAUAUAUCUCAAUAUUCCAACAUGACGAUCGUAGAGAUGAUUGUGACCAUGGACUGUGCUGGCUGCGAGAACAAGAUUAGGAGUGCUCUAAAAAAAAUGAAAGGAGUAGAUGCUGUUGACGUGGACUUCAACAUGCAGAAGGUGACUGUAAUGGGAUGGGCAGAUCAAGAGAAGGUUUUAAGGGCAGUAAGGAAGACUGGAAAGAGAGCUGAGCUUUGGCCUUACCCUUACAACCCUCAAUACCACAGCAUUGGUCUUGACUACUACCAGCAACAUCAGCCGCUUGAUCAUCAUCACAAUCAUCAUCGUCAUAAGCAUCAUCAUGACCGUCGGAUAACUGCCUACCAACUUCCCAUCACUACCUACAAAUCAGUACCUAAAUCCUCCUCCUAUUCAUACAACUACUACAAGCAUGGCUCCACUAAUCAGGAACACGGCUACUAUCAACCUCCUCCUUAUUCCACCAUGUUUAACGAGCAGGCCACUGCUGUGUUCAGUGAUGAAAACCCUCAUGCUUGUUCCAUAAUGUAAAUUAAUUCCAUGGUGUCCCUUAUAUUCUGGUUGUUCCGCGACCCUUUUUUUUUGCGGCACCUUCAGUUUGAAGAAUAUAUAUGCUUAUGUCAGUACAUAGCUUAUGCGUGUGUAUACUAUAUGCAGAGUUAUCGCUGCAUAGGUCUCGUAUGUGAUGACGAGACCCAUCUCAAUCUACAGUUCAUGUCGUGGGCAACGAUGUUUGGAUCAUAACUUUAGUUUGAAAGUUUUCUUCACUGUCUUUGUAAAUAGGAUACAAUCAUGGAUAUCAUAUUAGAGUUGUGUAAUAUUUGGUUCCUGGUUUCCUUGUGUGAUUUACAUGUUAUAUAAUAUCAAAAGGCUAUUGGUUCUAA